UUCACGGCACGGAAGCAAGAAGGGAAAAACGCUGUUUUUUUUUUUAAUUGUACAAAGAACUUUGGAGAAUAGAUUCUCCAGUCCAAUUUCCGAACAAAAAGGGAAAGAAAAUUUUUCCUAGUAAAGAUUUCCGUUUCCGAAUCAAAAUUAGAGUUAGAAAAACAAAAAAAAUCCCCAUUUGUCGCAGAGAAGCCCAGUUUUAGCUUAUAUAUCUCUGCUCUUCUUCCCAAAAUCUGGUAUUCGGAUUAGGGAUUAUCAAGGUCAGGGAAAGAAUUCCUCCAAACCAAAGCGACUUUUAGGGUCCGGCGAUGCCGCAUCUGGUUCGGGACCGGCUCUUCUUCGGCAACAUCAGCGACGCGGCGGAGGUGCUCCAGAGCGCGAGUACAGAGUUCACUCACGUCCUUUCGCUCCUCAGCUCGGCGUCGAUCUCCUUCUUCUCGGACUGGCGGCCGGGCCUCUCGAUCCCCACCAAGGAGAUCCGGAAAGUGUUUGUUGGGGCGGAUGAGUCGCUGCCGAAGAAGUCCUUGGCGCCGGACAAGCUGCUGUAUUCGCUGGAGUAUGCCGGGCGGGAGCUGAAGCUGGUGAGGAUGGCGGUGCCGCUGAGGGACACGGAGGAUGAAGAUUUGCUGGAUUAUUUGGAUGUUUGUUUGGAUUUCGUUGACGAGAGUAGGAAGGAGGGAUCGGUUCUGGUGCAUUGCUUUGCCGGUGUGUCGAGAAGUGCUGCUGUCAUUACUGCAUAUCUCAUGAGAACAGAACAAAGAUCCUUAGAAGAUGCACUUGAAUCCUUGCGAGAAAGUUGCGAGUUUAUUUGCCCAAAUGAUGGUUUUCUGGAUCAGUUAAAAUUGUUUGAAGAAAUGGGUUUUCAAGUAGAUACCACAAGCCCCAUCUAUAAACGCUUCCGCUUAAAAGUAUUGGGUCAUUCUUAUAAACAAGGAGAGAAAAUAGAUGGCUCCAUAUUUGGAGCUGACCCUGGUUUGGCUGUGGAGUCCAGCUCUUCUGAGCAAGCCUCCAAGGGAGAUAAGAAGAGAACUGUCUACCGCUGCAAAAAAUGCCGCAGAAUUGUUGCAUUGCAAGACAAUGUCGUUAGCCAUGUGCCCGGCGAGGGUGAGACUUGCUUCGAGUGGCAAAAAAGAAAAAGUGGCAACCCAUUCAACAGGUUUCAGGAGCCAGAAUGCUCUUCUUUAUUUGUUGAGCCUUUGAAGUGGAUGACCUCAGUUGAAGAGGGUGCACUGGAAGGAAAGCUCUCAUGCAUCCAUUGUGAUGCACGCCUCGGGUACUUCAAUUGGUCAGGCAUUCAGUGCAGCUGUGGAAGCUGGAUUACCCCUGCCUUCCAGAUUCAUAAGAGUAAAGUGGAUAUCAGCACAGUUUAAUGUUUGGAGGGUAGAUUAAAGCAAAGGGGUCCCCUCUCCAUGUGAACUAUUGCAUGCAAACAGCCUGAGACCCUUAUUACCUCCAUAAAUAUAUAAUAUGGAAGAAUUCAAACUACUGAAUCUGGAAUAUUGAUUCAAGUCCCUGCUCUUCCUCAUUCAGUAUUCCCUAAUGGAACUGUGUCAGCUUGUACUAGAAUUUUAUGUCAUGAAGUAAAUAAUGUUCUAGUUUGCUCUUCUUGUAACCAAACUGCAUAAUUUUUUGAUUACCUGCAGUUGGGUGUUCAUAAGACUUGCUGUAUGUUGAGAUGCAUGUAUUGUAGGGUCGGAAUGGAAUCCUUGUAUAAAUGAAGAGGAUGGAAUUAAUAUAAGUGAACUCCUGUUUAAAGCA